AUGUCUUUUUGCACCAAAGAAGGAAACGGAAAAGAUAAAAUCAUGUUUUUAACGAAAGAUGAUUUAAGUUCUCCAUCGACUAUCAGACACAAAGAAGAUGAAGCAUUUGAUCCUUGGGAACCACAUGGAUUAAUUCUACCGAAUGGUUCAAUUAAUUGGGAUUGUCCGUGUCUUGGUGGUAUGGCUUCAGGGCCAUGUGGUCUAGUGUUUCGUCGAGCGUACACUUGUUUUCAUAAUAGCAGCUCACAAAUGAAAGGUGCCGAGUGUAUGUCAGAUUUCGAUGCUCUAACUAAAUGUUUUGCAAAAUAUCCAAAAUUAUAUGGAGGUAAAGACAAAUCAAAUUCACCGACUGACGCUGCCACAUCAGCUCUAGUUGAUGGAAUCAAUACACCGAAUGAAUGA